AAGUGCGUUAUUUGUAAUAAGAGGCGAAGUCGUGGUGGAUCACCCUUACUUUUGAGUAGGUUUCCUCUGGAUUCUGACCGUUGUCGAAUGUGGGUUAAAAAUGCUGGCUUAGAAGACUUAGCAUAUGUACCUAUUGAAAAGUUACACCAACUGAAGUUUGUUUGUGGUGGGCACUUCACUCCUGAAUCCUUCAAUUCCAAAGGAACUCGGCUGAAGAACUCAGCUAUUCCAACACUGGAAUUGAGCAAUCCCAUCUUGCCAGAUGAAGUUUUGACAGAGUUUCCUCUUCAUGUAAAAGACUCCAAUAAAGAAAACCUCAAGACAGUUCUUUAUGAUCAUUCAUAUUGCAUUCCAAAGAAGUCAAAUCCAGUUGAACGAGUUCCCCUUACAACUACAACCAAACAACUAAAUUCAACAUGUUUGGGAGCUGUGGAUAUACCAGAUUCUGGUAUUUCUGCGAAAACAACUUUUGAACCUCUUCCUUCUACUUCCAAUGCACCAGAACAUAUGACCUAUAAACCCAUUACUCAUGAUGAUAAAAACAUUUGCCAUCAAGAUGCACAGGCAGAAAUAUUAGUCCACAGUUAUAAAAGACCUAAGAAAAACAUUGAAAUGAAAGACACUUCAUCAACAUUUACAAUUAAAGAGAAGAGGCUUUGGCGACAGUUACAAAAUGCAAAAAAAACAAUAAGGAAUAUAGCGAAGUCAAGAGUGAAUUUAGACAAGUUAGAUUCGGAAGUGCUGACAUCGUUAGUAAAGGAUGUAGUGCAGAAUAACAAAAAAAAGUCACAAGGAAAAAGGUGGACUUUAGCCAACAAAAUAUAUGCUUUGGCUAUAUUUAAACGGUCCCCUAAAGCAUACCGCUAUAUGCAAAAGCUGUUUACGCUACCAAGCACUAAAACGCUCCAAAGGAUUUUAAAAAAUACCAAUGGACCAUAA